CCAUCAUCCGCCAUCCCCCAAAUAAAUCCCCAAACCCUACCCUCAAAUAUCUCUCGUGCCUUUGCCGCCGAAAACCCUAGCGGAUAGCGAGAGAGUGAGAGAGAGCGAGAGAAAAUGACGACCCGGUUCAAGAAGAACAGGAAGAAGCGGGGGCACGUGAGCGCUGGACAUGGUCGCAUCGGGAAGCACAGGAAGCACCCGGGAGGCCGCGGAAACGCCGGAGGCAUGCACCAUCACCGGAUCCUUUUCGAUAAGUACCAUCCUGGGUAUUUCGGAAAGGUCGGUAUGCGAUAUUUCCACAAGCUCCGCAACAAGUUCUACUGCCCCAUCGUCAACGUCGACAAGCUCUGGUCCCUAAUCCCCAAGGACGUCAAGGAAAAGGCCUCCAAAGACAACGCUCCUCUCAUUGACGUCACCCAGUUCGGCUUCUUCAAGGUCUUGGGCAAGGGCGUCCUCCCGGAGAACCAGCCCGUAGUCGUGAAGGCCAAGCUCGUCUCGAAGAUUGCCGAGAAGAAGAUUAAGGAGGCCGGUGGUGCCGUUGUCCUCACCGCUUAGGUUUUGUUGCUUUGGUUAUAAUUUGGGUUCAUUUUAAAUUUUGAUCUUUAUAGGAACUACGUUUAACCUUGUGUUUGUACUAUUAGCAUUUCGCACUGAGUUUUAAACGAUGGGAUUAUUUAUGCUUAUGUUUUUCGCAUUGGUA